AUGAAGAAAGAGAUGAAGAAGCUGAACAACCAUGAAUUUUCACAUGUGGAGCAAAGAAUUCAGAUGUCUAGACAACAGCUAAGUGAGGUGCAGGAAAAGCUAAAGGAAUGUUAUGAUGAUCCAGACCUGUAUGCAACAGAAAAGGAACUCAAAUUGGCUUUAGAAAAAUGGAUAUUGGUGGAGGAUAGUAUACUCAAGCAAAUAUCCAGAGUUAAAUGGAUGACACUUGGGGACACUAACUCAGCCUACUUUCAUGCCUGCCUCAAAAAUAGAAUUGCUCAGAAUACAAUUAGAAGAUUAUCCAGUGAGAGGGGUGUAGUCAUUAACUCUGAAAGUGGGCUGGAAGAAGAUAUAACUGGUUUCUACAAGAGACUGCUGGGGAGUAGUGCUGAUGUUGUACCUGCUAUAAACCCAAGUGUCAUAGCUGAUGGACCAGUGCUCAAUAGAGAACAACAAUUAUCCCUCAUCACACUUGUCACAAAGGAGGAAGUGCAGCAGGCACUGAAGGGUAUAGAUGAUUCAAAAGCACCAGGGUGUGAUGGUUUUAAUGCCUGCUUCUUCAAAAAGGCAUGGCCCAUCAUUGGUGAUGACGUUACAAAGGCAGUGCAACAAUUCUUUCAAACGAACUGGAUGUAUAAAGCUAUUAACUGCACUACUAUCACCCUGAUUCCUAAGGUACGAUCUCCUAACUCUAUUAAAGAAUUUAGACCCAUUUCUUGUUGUACUAUGUUAUACAAGAUUAUAACUAAAGUAAUUACAAGGAGAAUGCAACAUGUUAUGCACUACUUGAUAGACCAAAGUCAAGCAACCUUUGUACUAUGGAGGGUCAUAACUGAUAACAUACUGCUGAGUUAUGAACUAGUUAAAGGCUAUGGUAGGAAAAAUCUAUCCCCAAGAUGUAUGCUCAAAAUCGAUAUGCAAAAGGCAUAUGAUUCAGUAGAAUGGGUGUUUGUAGAACAAGUACUAGGUGGACUGAAUUUCCCCAAAAUGUUUGUGAACUGGAUAAUGGCAUGCCUUAGGAUAGUUUCCUAUUCAAUCAUUGUAAAUGGGACACCAACAACACCCUUUGAAGCAAGGAAAGGGCUAAGACAAGGGGACUCUAUGUCCCCCUUAUUGUUUGUCAUAGUAAUGGAGUAUUUGAGUAGACCACUAAAACAGCUUGGUAAAAAUCCCAACUUCAAUUUCCAUCCAAAGUGUGACAGAUUAAGCUUGAUUCACCUUGGAUUUGCAGAUGACCUCUCAGUAUAUUUUGGAGGCAUGUCCAGUGAUGAAGAAAGUGAAAUCCUAGAGCUACUUGGCUUCACAAAGGGUAUAAGCAAAAUUCAAUUAAUCAAAGCAGUCCUAUUCUCAAUCCAAGUGUUUUGGGCCCAAGUAUUCAUCUUGCCCAAGAAAGUGAUUAAAACCAUUGAGGCAACAUGUAGGAGUUUCCUUUGGACUGGGGGAGCAGAAUUAUCAAAGAAGGCACUUCUAGCAUGGAGUAGGGUAUGCCAGCCUGAAACUGCUGGUGGGUUGAACGUAAUAGACAUCAGCUCUUGGAAUAAGGUAACUAUUAGCAAGCUACUGUGCAAUAUUUGCCAUAAAAAUGACAAACUGUGGAUCAAAUGGCUCCACUGCUACUAUGGGAACAGAAGGAACAUACUUGAGGACAUACCAAAGCAGGCAUCAUGGAUCAUGCAAAAAAUAUUGAAGGCUAGCAAACAUGUGAAUGCAGCAAGCUAUACAGUGCAAGAACUCCAACAAAUGACUAGGUUCCCUACAAAGCAAUUCUAUCAAAGAAUCAGAGGUGUCUUUCCAAAAGUUGGGUGGAGAAAACUAGUAUGUAAUAAUAUGGGACUUCCCAGAUGGGUAUUCAGUUUUAGAUUGGCAGCACACGGGAAUUUAUACACAAGAGAUAGACUACACAAGUGGGGAAUCACAAAUGCUACAGCUUGUCCCCUAUGUGAACAUAUGGAUGAAUCCCACUCUCAUCUAUUUUUUGUAUGUGGAUACUCUAGUCAACUAUGGCAGAAACUUUUGUGUUGGCAAGGCAUACAGAGGAGCAGUUUGAACUGGGAAGCAGAACUUGCAUUAGCUACUCAACAUGCCAAAGGAAAGACUGCUAGAGAUGAAGUGUAUAGGAUGACUAUUGCUGCUGCUGUGGACCAUAUUUGGAAGGAACGCAACUUGAGAUGCUUUCAAAACAAAAAACAGUCGGUGGAUAAUUUGGUAAGGAUGGUUAUUCAAGAAAUACACUUCAGGGGGAACAGGAAACCAACAGUUGCUCAAUGGCUAACCAGACUCGACUUCUAUCCUGUUUAG